AUGCAGGUCAACACUAGAAAUAAGACCUCCACCUUUCCCAUUGUUGGACCUGCCGAUCGCCUAAAACCAUCUCAAACGACUUUUAUUCGGCCAGCUCAAAUGAGUCUCUUCGCUCGAGUAACAUCUUACCCGCCCCUGGGGCAAGUGACCUGUCUGCAGCGAACGCCGAAGACAUUGCGGCCUGAAAAAGUCGAUGCGGUACGCUUUACUGUCGUCAUUGAGUCCAGCACGUCACUCCCGCAACAAUCGUGGGAAGCACAGAUUUGGCAUAACAUCACCAGCUCCGAAUGGAAAGACCUUCCAUUACGCAAAGUUGGCUCCUCGCAUGCACCACUACUGACAGGUAAUGAAGCCGACUAUAACUUCUAUCGCUAUGUGUUCUCAGGGGAGAUUCCACUCCCAGCAGCUGGUGGUCAUGCCAAAUUCACAGUACGCUUCCGGACCAACCCUGACACCGAGUGGCAAUGGGCAAGCCAACAGCAUCCAGUCAAUGAUGGCGAGUUGGUAUUCGCUCCCCAGUACUCGGAGCUUGAAAGAAUAUCAUCAUCUGAUAUCUCUUCUCUGAAUGCGAAGGAAGAGAUUGCGAAAUAUAUCGAUGGCCUCUCGUCUAAGGUGCAAGUUGAAUCCCGUCGCAGUGACUGUCCGGGGUCUCUACUCUGGGCAGUAUCUGGAGAGGCAAACGCGGCUCAAAAUGGCGUUUCUGGUUUAACACAACUCGCACUCGGAACACCUUCAUCUAUGCUGAAUUACUUUUCACUGGUGCGCAUAUGGAGCCCGUGGCUGGGUCCUCGGCAUGGGAAGCACAAGUUUCAUUUAACAGAGGAUGCGAUUCUGUGUUCUUUCUUGCGGAACGAUGGAACAAAUCUCCUUCUACUGGCCGUCUCAGGAAUCAACGAUGUCCUGACUACAUUCAAGUCCGGCGAGAAUGGUGAAGUACUGAUCAAUGUCAAGAAUGAUAAUGAAGAGCUAUCUCAAUUUAAUGUUCUUGCCGCGGUAGCAGAGGACUUUGAGGUUGCCAUGUCUGCUUUGGUGUACGAGGCAAGAAAAGUGGUGAAACCAUUUUCCCAAUCUACCAGUGGCGCACUAGAGGAAGAGCCUCCGUCAUCUCCCCUUGGGGAUGAUACAGUAAUUGUCGAGAAGGAUGCGAAAAUACAGUGGCUCACCGAAUGGUUUGAUGGCCUCACAUACUGCACUUGGAACGGUCUUGGCCAAAAUUUGACCGAAGAGAAAAUUCUGGGGGCACUAGAUGCCUUGAAAAAUCGUGGAAUCAAUAUCGUCAAUUUGAUUAUCGAUGACAAUUGGCAGAGCCUUGACAAUGAAGGCGAGUCUCAAUUCAAACGCCGUUGGAAGGAGUUUGAGGCAAAUCCCAAGGCCUUCCCUCGAGGCCUAAAGCAGGCCGUUGAGACAAUUCGCCAAUCUCACCCUAAAAUUCAGCACGUUGCAGUCUGGCACGCCUUAUUGGGCUACUGGGGGGGUAUUUGCCCCGACAGCGACCUUGCGAAGAAAUAUAAAACCAAAGAAGUCAAAGUGAAAGAUCCUGCAGCUGGAGGUCCCAUUGCACAUGAUAUUGCAGACGGCGUGAUUCUCGCCAUUGACCCAGAGGAUAUUCAGCGCUUCUAUGACGAGUUCUAUGAUUACCUUACCUCUGCCGGUGUGGACUCUGUCAAGACUGAUGCUCAGUUCUUUCUCGACCUUCUCGAUGAUCCGCAGGAUCGCAAAAGAUUCAUGACAUCUUACCAAGAUGCGUGGUCCAUCGCUUCGCUGAAGCACUUUAGCACCCGUGCGAUUUCGUGCAUGUCAUUGAUUCCGCAGAUGAUAUUCCAUUCGCAGCUCCCAACAAGCAAGCCGACAAUUGCGCUGCGGAAUUCUGAUGACUUUUUCCCAGAAAUUCCUGCGUCUCACCCAUGGCAUGUGUUCUGUAAUGCACACAAUGCGCUUUUUACUCGAUACCUCAAUGCCCUACCUGACUGGGAUAUGUUCCAGACCAGUCAUCCCUACGCAUCUUUCCAUGCAGCUGCCCGCUGCGUGUCUGGUGGACCUGUAUACAUCACUGAUGAGCCGGGCAAGCACGAUCUGGACCUACUAGAUCAAAUGACGGCGCCGACAGUCCAAGGAGGCACUGUGAUCCUUCGUCCUAGCAUCAUUGGUCGCACAAUCGAUGUCUAUCAUGAUUACAACGAGGGUCAUAUCUUGCGUGUUGGAAGCUACACUGGUUGGGCUAAGACUGGUAGCGGAGUACUGGGUUUAUUCAACAUCCACUCUGCCGAGACAUCGUGCAUGAUCUCGUUAAUGGACUUCCCCGGCGUACAUGAGGACUCAAGUGGCCAGUACAUCAUCCGGGCGCACACAAGUGGCAAGGUGACAGAGCGAAUGCAGCCGCGGGCGCAGAAUUCUCUUGUGUCCGUCGUUUUGCAGGAGAGGGCGUGGGAGAUUCUCACAGCAUACCCGACCCAAUCGUUCACAAUCAAAGGAAGCAAUACUUCCGGCGAGAGCCAGACUCAUGUGGCUGUUCUUGGUCUCCUUGGGAAGAUGACUGGUGCCGCUGCUGUGAUUAGUUCGGAAAUCUCUAUUGUUCAGAAUGGUCGUCUUCGAGUUGACGUUCAUUUGAAGGCGUUAGGGACCCUUGGCAUCUACUUAUCUUGCCUUAAAAGCCGAGAAAUUGCCCGGGACUUCAUGGUCAUGAUCCUUGGACAGCCAGUGCCACAGAAGACUAUCUGGAAAGAAGGUGGGGAGGAUAGCCAAGUGCUGGCGAUUGAUGUUCUUGCGGCUUGGAAAGCCAUGAAGCUCGACAGCGGAUGGAGCAAUGAAGCUUUUAUCCAGAUUUUUGUCAGCUGA